CCAUCCGCAUCAGAGACCAAAACUCAUCAUCACAAACAAACAACAAGAAAACACAACAAAGCAAAAGAAGCACACACAAAGAAGGCAAAACUUGUCAAGGAAGCAGACAUGGCACGGAUGAAGAAGAGUCUCUUUGCUAUUCUCCUCUCAUCACCACUUCUAAUCAUCUGUCUUAUUGCAUUUCUCGCUGAUCCGGUUUCAGUCGGAGCUCGCAGGCUACUGGAGGAGAUUCCUAAACCUGAGAUACCAAAAUUGCCUGAACUACCUCAUCCAGAGCUACCGAAAUUCGAAGUUCCCAAGUUGCCAGAGCUCCCUAAACCAGAGCUGCCUAAGUUACCUGAGUUCCCAAAGCCUGAGCUACCAAAAAUGCCAGAGAUUCCGAAGCCUGAGUUGCCUAAGUUCCCGGAGAUUCCUAAGCCUGAGUUGCCAAAGAUGCCAGAGGUUCCAAAGGCUGAGGUGCCUAAGUUGAUGGAGACUCCGAAGACUGAGGCUCCAAAGGUACCAGAGGUUCCUAAGCCCGAGUUACCAAAGGUACCAGAGAUUCCUAAGCCCGAGAUGCCAAAGGUGCCUGAAAUUCCAAAGCCUGAGUUGCCAAAGGUACCAGAGAUUAAGAAGCCUGAACUACCAAAGAUGCCGGAGACUCCGAAGCCUGAGGCUCCUAAGUUUCCAGAGGUUCCUAAACCCGAGAUGCCAAAGGUACCAGAGAUUCCAAAGCCAGAGUUACCAAAGGUGCCGGAGAUUCCUAAGCCCGAGUUACCAAAGGUGCCUGAAGUUCCAAAGCCUGAGUUGCCAAAGGUACCAGAGAUUAAGAAGCCUGAACUACCAAAGAUGCCGGAGACUCCGAAGCUUGAGGCUCCUAAGUUGCCAGAGGUUCCUAAACCCGAGAUGCCAAAGGUACCAGAGAUUCCAAAGCCUGAGUUACCAAAGGUGCCUGAAAUUCCUAAGCCUGAGUUACCAAAGGUGCCAGAGAUUCCUAAGCCGGAGCUACCAAAGGUGCCUGAGAUUCCAAAACCCGAGUUGACAAAGGUGCCAGAGAUUAAGAAGCCGGAACUACCAAAAAUGCCGGAGAUUCCAAAGCCUGAGGCUCCUAAGUUGCCGGAGAUUCAGAAACCUGAGUUGCCAACCAUUCCAGAGGUUCCAAAACCUGAUGUACCGAAAGUUCCAGAGAUUCCAAAACCAGAGCUACCAAAGAUGCCUGAAGUUCCCAAGUUGCCGGAAUUUCCAAAAGUUCCUGGAACUCACUGAGCCUAUUGAACUAGAUGAAGUCCCACCCCCAUUAUCUUAUAUUACAUACACUUCUGUCUGUCUAUCUCAUCGUCGGUUUCCUUAGUGAACCAUAUCUUUGUUGUUUGAUCUUGUAGCUAUUCUUCUUUUUCCUUUUUGAUACACAUAUGCUUGUAUUCUGUUA